AUGGAACAGCGGAACCAGCUCGGCGCCCUCGGAUACCUGCCGCCACUGUGGCUGCUCGCCCUGCUGCUCCUCGUGGCCGACGCUACAUUUACCGAAGUCCCCAAAGAUGUGACAGUACAGGAGGGAGACGACAUCGAAAUGCCCUGUGCAUUCCGGGCUGGCGGGGCCACCUCGUAUUCCCUGGAGAUUCAGUGGUGGUACCUGAAGGGGUCGCCCCGCGAGCUGCUGCACGAACUGGCGCUCAGCGUGCCCGGCGCCCGGAGCAAGGUAACAAAUAAGGAUGCAACUAAAAUCAGCACCGUGCGCGUCCAGGGCAACGACAUCUCGCACCGGCUGCGGCUGUCCGCCGUGCGGCGGCAGGACGAGGGCGUGUACGAGUGCCGCGUGUCCGACUACAGCGACGACGACACGCAGGAGCACAAGGCCCAGGCGCUGCUGCGCGUGCUCUCGCGCUUCGCGCCGCCCCACGUGCAGGCCGCCGAGGCCGUGUCGCACAUCCAGAGCAGCGGCCCGCGGCGGCACGGCCCCGCCUCCGGCGCCAACCACGUGGGCGCCCCCAGCGCCACGGGCCGCCCCACGUCUGAGCCCAGCCACGGAAACAAGAACCGGUCUCCCGGGAGCCCUCUCGCCGCCCCUGGCCCCAGAGUUGCCGAGGCGGCUGCUGCUGCCGAGGCCCACACGGCCACCACCACCGUGGCUGCGGCCGCGGCUUCCUCAGCGUCACCGCCCAGCCAGGCGGUCCUGCUGCGCCAGAGGCACGGCUCGGGCACCAGCCCCACCUACACCACAGACCCGGCCCUGUCCCUGCUCCUCUUAGCUCUGCAUCAGUUCCUCGGCCUGCUGGUGGGGCACUGACUGCCGCUCCGCCCUCCGCCCCGCACCCCUCCGCGG